AGGAGGGCAGCUACUUCGUCAAACGGUAUUUCCCCAAACCAAAUUUCACAGUUGGUGCCUGGUUGGUGCUGAUUUGGCAUCACAGUCCAGUAAUCACUGCUAAAAUGGCGUUAUCAGUUUUGCGUAAAGAAAUUUGUAAACAAUUUAGUGUCAAAAAAGCUCCAAUAUUUGUGUCAAGAUGUGCUUCAAGUGAUGCCCGAACACUUCCAGAGGACUUACCCACUCACACCGGACAGAAAUAUGACAAAAAUGAUUACCGAAUGGCCCGAUUCGUUCAAGGAGUAAAACAUAUCAAUCCUUCACCCGCCAUCGAACUCAUCCACAAUGUUCCACCAGAACCUAAACCAGACAGGAUUGUUUCUUGCAAUGGCGGUGGUGGACCACUAGGACACCCUAAAGUCUACAUCAAUUUGGAUAAGCCAGGAAAUCAUACUUGCGGAUACUGUGGGCUUCGAUUCUACAAGGAUGAUCAUCAUCAUUAGUUCAGUAUAAUGUGGAGACCAUAAAAUGUAGAUAUUAUUAUACCUGUAAAUACUUAAACUUCAAAUUUUUUUUGUUCAUACUAAACGGGAGUAAUCAUUCAAUAUUAAAUGUUUUAAUUUGUUGAUA